UCACUGCACUGCGUUGUCAUUACUGAUUGCAUGUCUCAAUCACUGAUUCCCGUUUGCUGGUUUUAAUUUGAGCCGGUUGAGUUAGUUUAGCCUUCGCCAAUCGCCGCCAUGUCUUCGCUCUUCCUCCUCCUCCUCCUCCUCCUCGUUUCUGGCCUUUUCCGUUGCGGUCUCGGUCUCACCGACGACGGCCACCGCCUGCUGGAAGCCAAGGCCUACCUCUACGACCCUGACGACGCCCUCGCUGACUGGAGCCCCUCCGACGCCACCCCCUGCAACUGGACCGGCGUCUCUUGCGAAGCACCGCCGCAGUUCCCGGCGGUCGCGGCUCUCGACCUCUCCGGCCUCGGCCUCUCCGGAACAUUCCCCCCGCCCCUGUGUCGCCUCCCACGGCUGCACUCCCUCUCCCUCGCUAGCAACUCCCUCAACUCCUCUCUCCUCCCCGACGCCCUCCUCGGCUGCUCCUCCCUCACCCGCCUCGACCUCUCGCAGAACUACUUCACCGGCUACGUCCCCGCAGACCUCCCCUCCCUCCUCCCUUACCUCGAGCAUCUAGACCUCUCCGUCAACAACUUCUCCGGCCAGCUCCCGCACUCAUUCUCCCAGUUUUCUUCCCUCCGGAGCCUCGCCGUCGUCGGCAACCUCCUCUCCGGGCCCAUCCCGGCCUUCCUCUCCAAUCUCUCCUCCCUCGGCGAGCUCAAUCUUUCUUACAACCCCUUUGACCCCUCUCCUCUGCCUCCCUCGCUGGCCAAUCUCACCUCGCUCCGCGUCCUCUGGCUCGCCAGCUGCAACAUCCUCGGCCGCAUUCCGCCGGAGCUCGGCCGCCUCUCCUACCUCACCGACCUCGACCUCUCCUACAACUCCCUCUCCGGGAUGAUUCCUGAUUCCCUCGCCGGCCUCUCCUCCAUUGUCCAGAUCGAGCUCUACUCCAACGAACUUACGGGAUUCCUCCCCGGCAGCCUCUCCAACCUCACGGAGCUCCUGUUCUUCGACGCAUCCACGAACCACCUCUCGGGGAAGAUACCAGAAGACGUCUUCCUUGCUCCCGAGUUGAAAAGUUUCAACCUUUACGAGAAUAACCUCACCGGAGCUGUCCCCUCGACCCUCGGCGGCUGUCGCAACCUCGCCGAGCUCCGGCUGUUCUCCAACCGGCUCGUAGGACCUCUCCCGGAUGAACUCGGCAAGAAUUCUCCGCUUUCCUUUGUUGAUCUCUCCGACAAUCUGCUCUCCGGCGAGAUUCCCGCCGGGAUUUGCGACGGCGGCGCUCUGGAGCAACUCCUCCUGCUCGAUAACUUCUUCACCGGUCCUCUGCCAGAGAGACUCGGCCAGUGUUCGACGCUCACGCGAGUCCGGCUGUCGAAAAACCGUCUCUCCGGCGAGAUCCCUCCUUCAUUUUGGGGUUUGCCGCAAGUCCUGCUUCUCGACCUCACCGAAAACUCCUUCACCGGGGGCAUUUCCCCGUCGAUCUCCGGCGCCGCCAACCUCUCUAAGCUGAUGAUUUCUGACAACCAAUUCGACGGACGAAUCCCCGACGAAAUGGGAGCUCUCUCCAAUCUCUACGGUUUGUCUGCGGCUAACAACCAGCUCACAGGGUCGCUCCCGGCGACCCUUCUAAACUUGGCGGAGCUCGGCCAGCUUGAUCUCCACAGCAAUUCCCUCUCCGGCGAUAUCCCAACAGACGUCGGAUCAUGGAAGAAUCUCAUCGAGCUGAACCUCGCCGACAACGAGUUCACCGGCUCAAUUCCGGCGGCGCUAGGCGACCUUCCCGUGCUCAACUACGUCGAUCUCUCCGACAACAAACUCACAGGGGAGAUCCCAAACGAGUUGCAGAACUUGAAGACUAACCGAUUGAAUCUUUCAAACAACCAGCUCUCCGGCACACUGCCUCCAUUUUUCGCGACGCAGAUGUAUAAAGACAGCUUCUUGGGCAAUCCGGCACUGUGUGUGUCUGAAUCUUGUGGCCGGAGAGGCGGCAGCUCAACUCACCAUGGCUCCGGUCGGUGGCUUCGAUCCAUAUUUGUACUCUUCUCCAUGUCGAUUCUUGCCGCGGCCGCCUGGUGCUACUGGAAGCGGCAGAAAGAGAAGCAGAAGAAGGUGAAGCUCGAUACAAAGAAACCAAAUUGGAAGCUAACUCCGUUCCACAAGCUCAAUUUCAGCGAGCAAGAGAUGCUCAAUUGCCUCAACGAGGACAAUGUGAUCGGGGCCGGGGAUUCCGGUAAGGUUUACAGAGCAACGCUGAGCGGCGGCCAGGCAGUGGCAGUGAAACAGGUACAAGAAUCCUCCGGUGUCGAUCAUCGCAACAGAUUCGAAGAGGAGGCGGCGGCAUUGGGGAAGAUUAUGCACAAGAACAUCGCGAAGCUGUGGUGCUGUUGCAUCCACAACGACUCUAAGUUGCUGGUUUACGAGUACAUGCCCAACGGAAACUUAGGCGACUUGCUGCACAGCUCCAAUAGCCGGCUGCUGGACUGGCCGGCGAGGUAUAAGAUCGCCGUCGGCGCAGCUGCGGGGCUGUCGUACCUGCACCACGAUUGCGUUCCGCCGAUCAUUCACAGAGAUGUGAAGUCCAACAACAUACUGCUGGAUGAAGAAUUUGAGGCCAAAAUCGCAAUGUCAAUUAGCGCAAGCUCAGGCGGAUACAUUGCCCCAGAGUACGCGUACACGAGGCACGUAAACGAGAAAAGCGAUGUCUAUAGCUUCGGGGUUGUUAUACUCGAGCUAGUAACGGGAAGACGCGGUGUGGAUCCAGAGCCGGGGGAGAAGGAUUUGGUGAAGUGGACUUGUAACGUAACGAGCCGAAAAGGAGUGGAUCAUGUGUUGGAUCCCAAGCUUGAUUUGUGCUUCCAGGAAGAGAUUCGCAAAGUGCUCAAUGUUGGACUCCUCUGCACCAGCUACCUCCCGAUCAAUCGGCCGCCGAUGAGGAGGGUCGUGAACAUGCUGCUUGAGGCUGCCCCUCAACGCAGGCUGAAGCCUGCAAACACAUCAUAUAAGGCGUUUAUAGCUACUAGCGCUAUUUGAUUUGGAUUUAAAGUUUAUGUUCAAGUCACAUGUGAAUCCAUAUAGCCUGUGGAGAAGGGAACCAGAAUGUUAACAAGAACAAUACGAUAAAUUAAUAAAACAAAUGGUGAUAA